UGGUUUUGUGUAUGUUCGUCAUUGCAAGGUAAUGAGAAAAUCAAUAAAUUUUUGUGUAAUUGAAAUAAGUGUAGUGUUGUUAUACGUUAAUUAUCAUCUUGGAAGGCAAGUGAUAUCGUGUGUGUGAACUUGGAACUUAAAUGGGACGGAGGUUUAUUCGGUAAUAUUAGUGUACUAGGUGCUUCACCGAAGCCAUAGUUAAUAGCAAACUUAUUUUCGAGUGACUUUUGUGAUUUUGUGCAGCCUCACACGAAAAAAUAUAUAUGUUCAAUGCAAGUGUGAAGUUCUUCGAAAUAACAUUAGACUGCUGACCUGCGUGUUUCAACAUGAAACUUUUUUUGUUGUUAGAAGUGACACGUAGGCUAUUGUUGAUGAUAUGAAGAUAUCAUGUCUGUUCACUAUAAAUUUAAAUCUGCCCUUGAGUAUGAUACCGUCACAUUUGAUGGCCUUCAUAUCUCAGUACGAGACUUAAAAAAGGCAAUUCUUCACCAGAAGAGAAUUGGGAAAAACACAGAUUUUGACUUGCAGAUCACAAAUGCUCAAACGAAAGAGGUUUAUGUGGAUGAAAGUGCUCUUAUACCAAAAAACACAUCGUUAAUUGUUGCGCGGGUCCCACUAACUGCUCAGCAGAAGAAAGCUUGGGACCGCGCUGAAGCAGCUCAGCCUCUUCCAGCCUUGACAAAAGUGCAGAUCGAGCCCUUGACAGAUGGACAAGAUCCAGGUGUGAGCAAGCUAGCAAAGGCUGUUGAUCUAUCAAGCUUGGAUGCUAGUGAAGAAGACAAAAUCCAGGCAAUGAUGACACAGUCAACACAGGACUACAACCCAUCAAACUACAUGAAAAUUCGCGGUGCAAAUCAGAUGGGGGAAGUUCCUUCAAAUUAUCGUUGUUACAAAUGUCAUCAGCCUGGGCACUGGAUAAAGAACUGUCCUUUAGGCACAAACUUGGAACCAAUUGAAAUAAAAAAGAGUACUGGCAUUCCUCGUAGUUUUAUGGUUCCAGUUGAGGGACCAAGUGUACCUGGGGCCAUGAUGACACCAACAGGACAUUUUGCUGUACCAGCAAUAGAUCAUCAGGCGUACAAGGAAGGGAAGAAAGAGAAGCCACCAUUUCAGCAUGAACCAGAACCUAUUAUUCAGAAACCAGAAAUACCAGAAGAUUUACAAUGCUCUGUUUGUAAAGAUUUGCUAACAGAUGCUGUCAUGAUACCAUGCUGUGGCAAUUCAUUUUGUGAUGAAUGUAUCCGUACUGUACUCCUGGAGUCAGAAGAGCAUGAAUGUCCUGACUGUAAAGAAAAGGAUGUGUCACCAGAUACACUUAUUCCUAAUAGAUUUCUGCGUACUGCUGUUAAUAACUUUAAGAAUGCAACAGGAUAUAACAAGAUAAACAGUAACUUGAGGCCUCUUGCGCCUCAUAGGCCACCACCUAACUUGCAGCCUAUGAAGCCUCCACUGGUUGCUGUUCAAACAUCAUCAUCAUCACCUUCAGUUGAAACAAUGGGGCAGGCAGUGCCAGUAAUUGGAGGUAUACCUCCGUCGUCAUUGCAGCAGGAGCCACCUCCAGAUUUCACCUCUGCUGCUUCUGACUCCCAUGAAUCUACAAUGGAAGAUGCUGCUCCACAGACAGUAACAGGGGCAUUGAUUGUUGUCCAAACUUGUGAGGCAACCAGCACAAUACCUGUGCUUGGGGCAACAACGCAGGAGUCGUCUACUUCAGCAGAGCAACGAACACAUUCAGUGAGAGAGCCCAUUGUACAUACAGAGACAACACAACCGUUGGCCCGCCCAGAGAUUCCAAUACAGCGACCAAUCACAACCACAUCAGUGACAGGAGCAGUGACUGCAGAAAGCAGGCAUCGUUCAGCUUCAGUGCAGCCUUCUGUAACCCCAGUUACAUCACUUGAAGGACAGCAGUCUUGUGUCCAUGAUGCAAAUGCGGGGUCAGUGAUAGCUGCAGAAUCUGGUGCACAAGCCAUCCCAUCAACUAUAGCUCCAUUAAGCUCAAAACCGAAGUCUACAUCACAGCACCAGGUGUUGGAAACAAUUCCUACUGCUUCAGCUAGUAAAUCUCGCUAUCCAUCUAGUCAAAGACGGUCUGUUGAAGAGCGACCUGGGACUCCCACCAUCGAUGAACAUACGUCAGAAACCACCACCCAUCCACCUGCUGCUGCAUUGCCAGAUACAUCAGUACCACCACCAAACUUUCCUCCAGGAGAAGAACAGCCACAGUCUACAUCAACUCAGCAACCACCAACCAACUAUAGUCACAUUCAGACAGUUGGUUCUAGAUCACGUGGACCCUCAGUAUUUAGGCCGGACCACCCGUUUCCACCACAGCAUCGGCUUGGUGGCCAAACAGUGGAACACAUGCAUCCACGCCUUAUGCCAGUGCCAACAUCAGAUCACAGUAGAAACUUCCAUUCUCGGCCACCACACGUCAGUCAGCCAGCACCUGCUGGUGGUUUCCCUCCUCGUGUUCCACCACCUAAUUUUGAACAUGGUUCAGCACCAUUUCCUCAUGAAUCAGGAUCACGGACGUCACACUAUGAAGUGGACCGGGAUGGGCCUCCAGUUGGGAGAGGCGGCUAUCGUGGCUUCAACAGAGGAAGAGGUCGAAUGAUGCAUGGCUAUCGUGGAGGCCACCUACACCACCAGCCACCACCCCCAGGUUUAGGAAGAAAUGUUCAUAAUGGUAACCAGGCAGGAGCUAUAGAGGACCCUCUGGAAGCAUUUGAGCGCAUGUUAAGAGAAAAAGAUGACAGGGAUAGGAAGCUGCGGAAGACAAGGCGACCAUCUCGUUCUCGGUCUCGCAGUUUCACACCAAGAUCUCGUAGUACCAGCACACGCAGCUAUACGAGAUCACGUUCGCAUUCACGUACUCCACACAGUCCACGCUCUAGGACACCACGAUCUCGGACCCCACGUUCAAGGACACCCAGAAAAAGGUCGAGGACCAGAACAAGAACAAGGACGAGAACGCGAUCACGCACCAGGUCACGAUCAUUUACAAUAAGCAGGUCUCGUUCUCGUUCAUUCUCUCGCUCUCCAACACCAAGAGUACAUUCCCCACGUGAAAGAGAUUUCUCUCCAAGGAGAAAAGGGUCAUCUCGAUACCGCACUCCAACACGUUCUCCAGCAAGGACAGCCUGCACUGGACUUGAUAUUAUAGUGUUGUAAAUUUGUAUUUUUCCAUUCUUUCAAUUACAUGUUUUGCUCUCUUUUUCCAUAUACUGUUCCAGAAUAUAAUGUUCGUUAACAUAUAAUGUAUGGCCAACUCUUGAAUGAGUUAAGGCAUUUUUAACUAAAAGAGUAAAUUUUUUCAUAGUGUUACUGUGAUAAAUUAUUAAUUGUUUGAUAAAUAUAAAUGAGAAACACAAUCUGCUUUUGUUUGUUUUAUGGUAAACUGUACAGCAAUGAGCUGCAGUGUUUUGUUUUUAUAUAUUUGUGAAGACAGUGCUAUGAUUAGUUACACAAAACAUUUUCUUGAAAGUGAGAAAGAUGUUACAUGUUCUACUAGUAACAGAUUUGUAACAUAUCGUCCAGUUUUAGUGCUGCUGUGGAUAGUUUAAUAUUUUCAUUUAAAUUAUCAUGGAAGCCCACAGUUUGGAACAGGUGCUUUUCUGUCUAAUAAAUGAAAACUGUCUUUUACAUUCAGCUGUUUUCAAAAAUUAAAAAAAAAAAAAAAAAAAGCUAUACGUUCCAUAGAUCUUUCUGUACAACAUUGCUAAUAUUUCCUCAGUGAGAUACGGACCUGUCAGUGAAAUCAGCAGCUGUUGAAGUAUUUGCCUUCACAUACAAAAAGACAAAUAUGUUGUCUAUGCCUGUAUCUGUUAUUACUCAUUAAUAGUUUGACAGGCAUGCACACUGUAGAGAUCAAUGUAGCAACAAAUAAUAUUUUUAUUGUGUUUUAAAGUUUUAACUUCUUAUAACACUUUCUUUGAUGUGUACAUUCACACAAAGAACUGAGGUUCUAAGAGAGCUGAAACUGAACUCAUGGAAGUUCAGGACAUACAGGUUAUCGGUUAUAUUCUGUUUUGUAUUUCACUAUAUGAAUGUACUACACGUUUUGUAAGUACUAUUAACCAAUGUCUACUAUCAUCACAUUACAGAAAUAGUGCCUAUUUAUCAGCCAGAAGACAGUUUCUUCUUAAAAAUUAGAGAUGUAUGUUUACGAUUAAUUUAUCUAUCUUCGCUUCUGCAUUCUAAGAUAUAAAUUUAUUUGAACAAGCAAUGAUGUGAGACUGUCUUGUAAAAAGGUAGUAUGUAGUAUAUUUUUGUGUGUUAUAUAUUUAGAUUGAUGUUGUCAUAGAGGACACAUUGAAUUAAUACCUGCAGUUGUUUUUAUCAAGUGCAGGAAAUGGUGAUUUUGGACUGUUGUAUUUUCAUUUGCAAAUGUUCUUUACUUUGACUUGUAAAAAGCAUGUGAAUUCAUUACGAUGCCUGUUGUCAGUAACGCUGUGUGGACUGAACUUGAAUAUCAUUCAUUGUCAUUUCCGAGGUCAUGUUAGUUGCUUGAUAAUAAUUGUGUUCAAAGGGAGUUUUGAGGCAGAUGCUACAUUGUAUUGGGUGUAUUAUUUGAUACCUGAUAAAAAAAUGCAGGACAGCAUAAGGAAAAAUGAUAGCAAUAGUAUAGUACCAUAGUAACUAUAUAUGUAAUGUAUUUAAAUGUGGAGCUGAUGUGAUAUUUGCUAUGUAUUUAUGUAUUUUUGUUAUUUAUCAUGUUGAUUUAGACAGAACCAAAUCCUAAUCUAAUAUUGUAUAUUAGAGGAUUCAAAUACAUGCACUGAUGAUUAAUUUUCUUAAAUCCAGGAUUUAAAAGGGUCUGAGAAGCAUAUAGAAAAUAAAUCUGUGAAUGGAGGAGUUCAUUUCAAAAUAAAUUAAUUUAUGUUUCCAGUAUUCAGUGGCUAGCUGAGCUUGUGAAAAGAGGGAGCUCUGAAGUAAAUAGUGGAAGUAUGAGGUUACCAUUGUGCUGGAAGAACUAGGAGUUAUAUUAGGCAUGUCUGUUAAAGUCAUUUUGGAUUUUACCUUUAGGACCAAUGUGCAGACUUAACCAUCUAAGAGGUAAUGGAGUAAGCGUGAGAUUGUGAUUUUUGUAAACUAAAAUUUCUUUAUUAAUGACCCACAUUGCUGACAAAUAUGAUAUACAGAAGAAUGGAAAAUAAAAUUAAGGAUGAUUAGGUGACGAUGAGUUUGUCUUAAGUAUAGAUAAAUGUACCAGAGAGGCAGUUCAGAUGGUAUACUUGAUAAUGAAAGCUAGUCUUACGAAAAGUCAACACACCUUUGGCUUGGAGCAUGCGGUACCUAUAAACCCACUUUUGAGUGGCUUUAAACCCACUUUUGAACCUUCCUCAUUGCAUGCAAAUUUUGCAUGAUGGUGGAAUUAUCACGGUUCAGCACAUUUGUUAGUUCUCAUGGAUCACUGUGGAUAAAUGCAUUUGAACAGUCUUCUUGAAAGUGGAGAGUCACUAAUGCCAAAAUGAUGUGCCUUAUAAUGAGAAAACCGUUUUCUUGCUGUACCCUGUCCAAUGCUGAUAUCUGAAUAAACAGUGCAAAUGCUUCUGGCUGCCUCCAUUGCUGUCACCUCUCUGUUGAACUCAAACAGAAAAAUAUGUCACAAAUGUUGCAAUUUCUCCAGUCGGCACUUUAUUUUUUAGCAUCCACAGCUCCACUCACUAUCUCCAAAUGACAAAAUGUUAAUGUGUAAACUUAUAUAGCCACAGUGAACUACAAAUAAAAAAUCUCACUCAUAAAUAAACCCAUAGCAGUUGGAAUAGCAACAUGCAAAACAAAAACACUCUGAACUUAGGCACCAACCUAAUAUAUUUCUAUAAGGAGAUUUUUAAUGAGUUAAACAGAUCGCUUAUUUCAGACACAGUUCAAAGCCAGAUAACACCAUUUGCCUGAUUACAGAGAGCAUAGUUGAUUAAGUUAUUUUUGACAAAUGAUAGAGAAAAUUAAAAAUUUUAGUCUUGCCUAUCAUGCUUUGUUGAACAUUGGAAUACAGAGAUAUUUUCUGACAUUGACUUUGUUUGUAAAAAAUAGCCACAGUUUAAAGCAAUGCUCCUCAGCUAAAAAUUGUUACUUAAAAUAUUUAAAAAUUAGAAAAUGGUGACAGAAGUUUGUUCUUAAGUGUAGAUUGAUAAUUGUGUGUGGAUUUUUAUACAUGUCAUCGGGCUUAUAUGGAGAAGUAUCUCAGAACUUAAGGAAGAGUCUUUAGUAUAUAUUUGCUCCAGUUACAAUGUAACAGACACAGGAGACUUUAAUCACUUUAAAAAAGGUUUGGUGUCAUUGCAGCUCAGUAACAGUUGGACAAUACAAAAUUAACAGGGAAUCUGCUUGGUGUGUUACUUGCACCAGGUAGCUGAGAAACACAUCAGUCACACAAAUAUAUAGAAUAUGUUUGUGACUUGUUCUCUUUGAUAGUACUGAUUUUAUGUAUAUUUUAUUUCAUUUGUUAUAGCGUAUAGGAUCAAUGAUAACACAGUGGAACCCCUAUGUUACAUUUUCAUGUGGUCCAAACUUAAACUCAGAUUUGAAGAAAAUGGUAAAGCCCCCAAAAAUAUGAGCAAAAACACAUGUAAUUGGCAUAUAUGAUCAAAGAUCAUACUCUUCUCCAAUACUUUGUAUAAAAUCCGUCUAA